AGGUGCUGCCGGGCACCGUCAUCUCCAAGCUGAUCGCCGAGCGCGAGCGGUUCCGCGCGGGGCAGGACUACGCGGCCGCGGACGAGAUCCGCGUGAAGCUGGCGGAGCACGGCGUGGAGAUCGUGGACAACCAGCGGAUUUGGAAGUGCACCGACGGCAGGCAGGGCGUCAUCGUCACGGGCGGUCACGAGGCCGUGUGUAUCAUCGCCGACGAGGAGAUCAUGGCGAGGGUGAGGGAGCGGGAGGAGCAUCGGCUGAACAGGAACUGGCAGGCCGCGGACGAGGUCAGGGAGGCCCUGAGGAUCCAGGGCGUCGAGGUCAUGGACGCCCAGAGGCAGUGGCUUACCACUGACGGGCGGAGCGGCACGUACGAGGCGGCGGGUGCGCCCAUGGUGCCCGCGGACAUCUGCUCGCUCCUCGGCGGUGCCUCCGCCGGCGCGGCCUCGCUCGGAGCCCUUGGGCUUGGCUCGCUGGGCGUGCUGGGCUCCCUGGGCGCGCUUGGCGGCGCGGCGUCGCCGGGCCUCGACCACUCCGCAGCGAUGCGGGCCGCCUCGGCGCAGGCGGGCCUCGGCAUCCAGAAGCCCUCCGUGGAUCCCACGGCGGCCGUGGCGGCCCAGGCCAUCAGCGCCCUGAGCGGCCUGCUGGCGCAGCGGGGCCAGGUCACCCCGCAGCAGCUGCAGACCAUGCAGCAGCUUCAGCAGUCCCUGCUCGCCGCGCCCCAAGCGGCGGCCCCGGUGAGCACGGGCAUGACGUUCUCCACUCCCUCCAUCGCCGCGCUGGUAGCCGGCCGCGAGCAGGCGCGGGACCGCCGAGAUUUCACCGCCGCGGACUCCAUCCGGACAGACCUCCGCUCCCAUGGCGUGGAGGUGUGGGACAAGGACAAGGUGUGGCGCUGCACGGACGGCCGGUCGGGCUCCCUCUCCGCCGUGGUGGGCGGGUUCUGAGGGGCGCCGCGCGCACACCUCGCGCGGGGGGCCAGGCGGGGCGGCACGGGCCGUGUGAGGGCGCGGCAGCCAUCCGUUUCAAGGUG